UUUCGAUUUUUUUCCUAAAUUUCCGAAAAAAAAUGAUUUUGUCCCCAAAAUGCUGAUUCCAAUCCGAUUCGUCCGAUUUUCUUCCGUCCUUAAAAGGAUUAGGAAUUGAAACUCGUCAUACUUAUUUCCCAUUCAGUCAGUCCCCACUUCCGAUCAACGGCGGCGGAGGAACCGAAUCCGAAACCCUCGUGAAUUCAAACUAGAAAUGGCGAUCUCCGAACUCCCCGACGAAAUCAUGUUCGAUAUACUAUCACGCCUCCCGGCAAAAUGCGUCGGCAAAUCCAGGUGCGUAUCGAAACCAUGGCGAACUAUUCUGUCCGGCACUCAAUUCAUCAAAGCCCACCUCACCCAUCUUAAAAGAACCCACCAACAAAAUCUCAUCUUCAUCGCCGGAGAUUUCUCAAUCCGCACCAUCUCCGCCGUACAAAACGACGCCGUUUCAAGAGAACUCGAGCUAGGUCUAGAAAAACGGUGGAGCGAUGUUUUGGGCUCUUGCGACGGUCUCGUUUUGUUGCAAAACGACGACGAGGAUAAGUUUCUGCUGAAUCCGAUGACAAUGCAGCUCGUAAAAGUACCCGAUUGGCCCGCACCUUCCUACAAGGACGAAAGCAUCGCCAUGCAUGGGUUCGGGUACGAUUCUUCGAUCGAUGAUUACAAGAUCGUCUCGGUUUCUUACCAGGAUCCCCGCGAGUAUGUCUCGGCCGUUGUCCAUACGUUUGUCGACGUGUAUUGCGUGAGGAGUGGUGUUUGGAAAAGGGUGGGGAACCCUCCGUACGAUAUUUUCUAUUUUCUCGGAAAAGAUGCUUACGAUCAUGUUUACGUGCUACGUACGCCCGGGGCUUAUUUGAAUGGAGCUAUCCAUUGGUUUGCUUCUAAUGCAAACGAACGGACCGUAAUCGUGGCUUUCGAUUUGGCUCGCGAGGUGUUUGAUGAAAUGCCUGCUCCAGUUGGUGCGGAUGUGAACCUUGUGCCGUAUGAACUUGUGGUUCUUGGGGGUUGUCUUUGUGUUUACGAUGUUCAGAGCGUCAUCGGCCAAGCGAAUGUUUGGAUUAUGAGAGAGUACCGAUCGGCCAAAUCGUGGACGAGAUUCAAUAUUGAAUGCGUUCACGAAUGGGAAAUGGCAAAGCCUUUGUGUUGUAUUGGGGAUGAGGAAGUUGUUUUGGUGAAUACAAUGGCGGAAGCUUUGGUUUACAAUGUGAAAGAGAAGAGCUUGAAUAACAUGGUUGUCGAUGGAGUUCCGGCCAAUGUUUUAGAUGGAGACAUCUUUGUCGGGAGCCUUGUCUCUCCUUGUCCUUUGACAGUGGCGGAGCCAAAGGAGAGAGAGCGAGGCUGCGAGCUCAUCUUCUUCCUCGAGCCCACCCACUAUCUCACCGGUGAAGUUGAAGUUGCUUCUUCUUCUUCUUCUUGUUCUUACACAGCUCUCCUUCAUCACCAACAACAUAUGGAUGCGGUGGUGGAGACGGGAGCGAAGGUUUUUGAUGGAGGGGAAGAGUGGUUCGGAAUUCGUGGAUUUCGAAUUGAAGAAGGUGAUGGGUUGAAUCUCUAG